AUGUCGCACUCGAUCGCAUCAUCAAGGGCCCUUCAGGGCGCCCUGCGGAAUCUCCCCGCGCAGCAAUGCCGGCGAUGCUUCUCGAGCGGCGCAUUCCAGCCGAAGCAGCUCCGGCCGGUCCUCCCACGAUCGCCGGUCCAGUCCCGACAGCCGAUUACACAGAAGCGGACGAAAUACAAGACGAUUGAGCAGGCCAAGAGCCGGUAUAGCACAGGGCCCUUCUCCUUGAAAGCGGCCGUCUUGUUUGUGGCUACAUGCGGUGGACUCGUGUGGUACUUUGAGCAUGAGAAGGAGCGCAUGCAGCGAAAGAGAAUAGCAGAGGCCACCAAGGGCGUCGGCCGUCCCAAGGUUGGAGGAUCCUUUGAGCUGAUGGAUCAGAAUGGCAAGACAUUUACCAGCGCGAUGAUGAAGGGCAAGCACUCAUUGGUCUAUUUCGGAUUCACUCGCUGCCCCGACAUCUGCCCCGAAGAGCUCGACAAGAUGGCCCGCAUGCUGGACAUCGUCGAUGCCAAGAUUCCCAACAAUGAACUUCUGCCCAUCUUUGUGACGUGCGAUCCCGCCCGCGACGACCCCCCAGCGCUUAAGAGCUACCUCGCCGAGUUCCACCCCAAGUUUAUUGGCUUGACGGGAACAUACGAUCAGAUCAAGGAUCUCUGCAAAAAGUAUAGGGUGUAUUUCAGCACGCCGCGAGAUGUGAAGCCCGGCCAGGAUUACUUGGUUGACCACAGCAUAUACUUUUACCUGAUGGACCCAGAGGGCGACUUUGUAGAGGCACUGGGGCGACAACACUCGCCGGAACAGGCGGCACAGGUGAUUGUUGACCACUUGAAGGACUGGAAGAACAGCCACUGA